AUGGAGGAGCCCUCGGCGUCGGAGGAGUGGCAAGGGGCGACCCAGAAGAGGAAGGCCUGGGCCAAGAGCCGGGACUCUUGGCAGGCGUCGGAAGCGGAGGACUUUUCGGCGGCGGCGGCAGCGCUGGCCCACGGGGAGGAGGAGGAGGAAGAAGAAGAAGAAGAGGACGAAGAGGAGGAGGAUCUUGCCGGCGAAGACCUGCCUCUGGCCGCAGAAGCAGGCCACAGCGUCCCCAACGAGAAGAUCGCGAUAUGGCUGAAGGACUGCAGAACGCCUCUGGGAGCCUCCUUGGAUGAGCAAAGCAAUCCUCUGUUGAAGGGCAUGCUGGUAAGAAAUGGAGGAAGCUUUGAAGAUGACUUGUCCCUGGGAGCUGAAGCUAAUCAUCUACGGAGUGAUACCCAGGUGGAAACAUGCAAUGGUGUGGUGGCAAAGGAGAGGAGGCUGCAGUUCCACCAGAGGGGGCGAAGUAUGAACUCCACUGGAUCUGGAAAAAGCAGUGCAACUGUUUCAAGCGUUUCUGAAUUGCUGGAGCUUUAUGAGGAGGAUCCUGAAGAAGUGCUCUAUAACCUUGGCUUUGGAAGAGAUGAACCAGAUAUUGCUUCAAAAAUUCCAGCAAGAUUCUUUAAUUCAUCAUCGUUUGCUAGAGGGAUAGAUAUCAAAGUGUUCUUGAAUGCCCAAAUACAGCGCAUGGAAGUGGAAAAUCCAAAUUUUGCUUUAACAAGUCGUUUCCGUCAAAUUGAAGUGCUUACUACUGUGGCAAAUGCUUUUUCUUCUUUGUAUUCUCAAGUCUCUGGGACUCCUCUGCAGAAAAUUGGUAGUAUGAAUUCAGUGUCUUCCAGCAAAGAGGCAUCCAGCCCUCCUCCUUUAAAUCGCAGCAAUACAGCAAGUCGGCUAAUGAAGACUUUGUCAAAGCUCAAUUUGUAUGGCACGCAACAAGCUGAUGGUAGCAGCUGCUCAACUCCUUCACCUGUUGAAAAAGGGACAAGUCUAGCAGAACCAGGGAGUGAGGAAAGUGAUGUUAAAAAUGAAUCUAAAUUACCAAAACACUGUAAAAAGAGGGACUCAUCCUCUUUUUUGGCUACUGUGAAGGAAGAGAUAGCCAAUAGUCAGACAAAUGCUGCGGACACGCAUAAACCUGCAAACUUUGUUGCUGGAACUGAUGAUAAACAAGAGGGUGCUGUGCCUCCAGCAGAUGUACAGAACAGCAGGUCAGCAAGUGCCCAGGAUAGACCGUGUGAAGAAUUUGGUCUUUUAGACUUGCCAAGCCUCAACAGCAGUUCCAGUUCAUCCAACAGCAGCGCCUCAACGCAAAAGCUGCCCUCGGCAUUACUAGGAAAAGACCCCUGUGCUCCCCUUGCAAACCCAUCCAUAAUGAAUCUAAUGGUGCAGCAGAAGGACUCCUUUGAGAUGGAAGAGAUCCAGAGUACAGAGGGGGAUCUACCACAUCUUCCAGCUUCUCACCAGCUAACAGUGACUAAGUCAAGGAAAGAUCAGCUGUUACGGACCGCAAGUCAGCACUCUGACAGUAGUGGCUUUGCUGAGGACUCCUCCACGGAUUGUUCUCCAUUUAAUCAGCUUCAGGUUCAGGAGUCUUUGCAGGGUAUGGGAAGCAGUGCUGACAGCUGUGACAGUGAGACAACUGUAACGUCGCACAGUGAGGAACAGAAGACACCGUUAGCCAUAGAACUGCCCUGUUUCAAUAAGUUCGAGGAUGAGGAGGAAGGUGACGAUGAUGAUGGUGAUGAUGAUGAUGAUGAUGAAGAGGAGGAUGUUAUCUCUCAAGUAGAGAGACGAAAGUUAGGGACACCUGAAAACAGAAGGAGCAAAGAUAGAAAAAUUAUUGACUAUGAAACUGAACAAAAUGAAGGAGAAGAAAGCAAGUCAUCUCAUAUGUCAGAGACAGUCCACAGAGAGGUCAGCUCUAAAGAGAAUGACAUUUCCAGUGAGCAAAAAGAGUUGGACCUGCUGGAGGAAGGCAGUGUGUUUGAGUUUCCUCAGUACCAUACGCACCAUAUUCUUAAAUCUAUGGAGUCUCUGAGUGGUAGUGGCUCCUCCCCAUCGUCUGUGGACCGGGUUCACGUUGCCUUGCAAAGAGCCGAGAUGAGGAUCAUCAGCACUUCUGAUUCCAGGGCUGGGCGCACGCUGCUUAAGUCAAAAGAUCUCCUGAGGAAGCAGAGACUCUGGUUUGCUGAAUCAGGCUAUCCUCUAAGGCGUUCUCAGUCGCUCCCAACUGCAUUGCUGAAUCCAGUGAAAGUGGUGUCCUCUAUGAAUGUGCAGUUAACUCCAGGGAAGGAUACUCUGUGCAGUCGUCCUUCUUUCACCUACAAGUACACACAUAUGGAGGAAGAUGAGAAAGCAGUGUCUGAGAAGGACAGAAGUGAGGGUGAGGCAGCUGCCAGCCAGCCCAUGUGCAAGUCCACAUUGUUCAUUGCACCUUCAUCUUCCAAAAAGGAAGUGUCCCAGGCAGGGCCCAACAAGCGGUCCGAGGAGUCCAGUCCCACCAGGGUACAGAGCUGCCCACUGCACACUCCAGCACAUAUGUCCCAGUCAACAUGCUCCCUCCACUCCCUUCCUACUGAGUGGCAGGACAGACCACUCUGUGGGCAUGUGAGGACGCUGAGUACCCACAGUGUCCCAAGCAUCUCUGGCUCUUCCGUCAGUGCCUUGCUCUCCCCUUUCACCUGUCCCUUCUCUCCACGGUAUGCUGGAUUUCCUCAUCGGCCACAUGCCAUCAACCCACCCUCCACCGUGGAGAUGCAGCUGCGCAGGGUCCUACACGACAUCAGAAGCUCUCUGCAGAACCUCUCACAGUACCCAGUGAUGAGGAGUCAGGAUCUUUCAGCUGCCACAAGUUACACUACCCAGAGACCAUCUAUACUACCUCUAUAUGAAAAUACUUUCCAGGAGCUGCAGGUUGUAAGGAGAAACCUAAACUUAUUCAGAACCCAAAUGAUGGAUUUGGAAUUGACUAUGUUGCGUCAACAAACGACAGUUUAUCAGCACAUGACAGAAGAUGAAAGAUUUGAAGCUGAUCAGCUGCAGAGCUUGAGAAAGUCUGUCCGCAUGGAGCUACAGGAGUUAGAGCUGCAGUUAGAAGAACGCCUCCUUGCUUUGGAAGACCAGCUGAGAAGCCUACACAUGUCUUCACCUUACAGGCCUCAGACACAUGUAGGUAUGUAUGGAAGCAGAAGCGCUGAUAAUCUGUCAUGCCCUUCUCCACUGAAUGUCAUUGAACCCGUCUCCGAACUUAUUCGAGAGCAGUCAUUUCUGAAGUCUGAACUGGGUUUAGGACUGGGAGACCUUGGACUGGAAACUCUCCCAGCAGAGGGUGCAGAAUCUGUAUUCUCCCAUGGAAACUCUGAUUCCUCUUCAGUGUGCUCGGGUCACGCAGGUAGAAAAGCUGAACUAACAGGAAGUUCCAAGAGUCAAAGCAAGAAGUUAUACCGAGCCUCAGUCGCCUUAACGCCAACUCCCCCAGCGAGAGCAUGUGCUGGACAGCAGGUGGAAACUUCUGAGGAGCUUGCAGACUCCAAGCCAGAGGUGGAGCACAAACUUGAAAAAGUCCCUCUCAUGCCUACACUUGAUGAAAUCCACAAAACUGUGGAGCAGGAUGAGCUGCAGCAAGUCAUACGGGAGAUCAAGGAAUCUAUUGUUGGUGAAAUAAGACGAGAAAUAGUAAGUGGGUUGUUGGCAGCUGUGUCACCUCAAAGCAGAUCUGCAACUGCAAAACAAGAUACACAGCCAUGAAACUGGUACUGCAGGUUGGAUGUAGUCCGAAACGCUGUGGGAUUCUGCUUUGGGUGGCAUACACUGGUGGAAGUGUCAAGUUCAAAAUUUUGCUUCAGGAGAUGUUAAAGCUGCUGAGAUAGGCUACUGUGUUAGACACUUGGUUCCAUGGUGUGUACCUUUCCUCGAGUUCCUCUAAGAAGACUUAGACACUUUAACUAGUUCAUUACUUUCCUUUAAAGCAUCAACAAAACUGUGGCUCUCUGAAAGGUUUUGUAUUUAUUUGUAUGUCCCUGAUGUAAAUUUUUAUAUAGCUAACUUCUUUGUCUAAUAAUGCAUCAUGAAACUUGAAGAUUUCCAGAUGUAACCAAUUUAUAAAUAACACAAAUGCAUUCAGCCUAGCUUUUUAGAAAAAAUAAUAAUAAUAAUAAAAUACCACACAACACACACAAAAAAAAACAACAAACCCAAACACUGACCUCUGUGAGGUAUUUAUUGUGCAAUAACUGAUCCACUUUAAGAGCUUGAAACAACCAAUAAUGGUUUCCACUGCUGUUAUGUAGUGCCAUGUCAGAAGAAGGAAACAAUCUUGUAAACAUUACUGUUAAUCCUUGGGGCUGUUACUGUUAGCACAGUGGUAGAAAGACAUGAGGUUACUUAAAACUACUUAAAGUUCUGACACUGAAAGCCUUAUCUUUGUGUAGAAGAUGACUUUUUAACUAAUUUUAUUUGCUUCCUGACUGUUUACCCAUCCCUCUGUAGAAAAGUGCCUUAUUUUAAGUACUGUUUUUUGGUUUUAUGUUGACUGCUGUCAGUCAUACCAAGAGAAGUUCUAUUCUGCUUUAUAUUAACCAAAAUGCAAUAAAAGUACUGAUCUUCUGAAAGCAAUUAGCAUGUGCAACUUGGAAUGGGUGAACGACCUUGCUUGUGUUCUGGGGUGGAUUGAAAAAACCCUCUUUUCCUUCCCCAUCCUUCAGUAAGUGUAUUUUCAUUUAGCCUUCUGAAUAUGCUUUUGUUCUGAUGGAGCAAGUUGGAAGUCAUUGGAGAUUUUAUGUGGUCAAAUAGACAUGUGUUAGAUAUGUAAUACCCCAUUUUUCUGUCCUUGGAAUUUCUGCUCCUUUGCCAUUUCCAUCUACUAAAACUCUUUACACUAUCUCAAGGUCUUUAAUCAAAAAUAGUUUCAAAUAUAACAAUAUCAUAUGGAAAAGUUUCUAAGUUUUUAAAUUGUGUUAGGAAGGCACACAAGGGCUGAUUUCUUUUAAAAAAAAAGUGUAUAUUAAACCAAUAAAAUAUUUAUUUUGCUUAUAA